AUGUGGUGCUCCUGUGUCAGCCCGACGGCGAUGCUGCACAACAAUGUGGUGCCGGGGAGCGGCGGCAUCAAGGGCGGCGGCUCGGCCACGCCCUGCGCCGAGGCGUCCGCGUCGCCCGUGGUGGAGGCGGCGGCGGCGUCGACGCCACCGCCGCCGCAGCGGCAGCACCAGCGGGCGCAGAGGAACGUCGGGCCGUCGUCCUCCUCGUCCGCGUCGCAGAGCUUCACGCAGUGGAGGCUGCCGGUGCACCACCCGCCGCAGGCAUCAUCGUCCGCCUCGGCGUCGGCGAGCGGGGCAGGCUCCAGGGACGCGCUGCUGAGCGCGGAGGAGAAGUUCGCGGCGGGGGAGGUGGUGGCGGCGCUGCGGGCGGUCGAGAGGGAGAUGGAGGCGGCGGCGAGGCCGGUUCCGGCGGGGGUCGUGGCCGGGGUGGUAGCCGCGGUGCGGGAGCCGGCGACCGCGAGGCUGGCCGCGAAGGUGCUCCUCGUCGUGCUGCUGGAGGAGGGGAACAUGGAGACCGCGGUGGAGGCCGGCGCGGCGUCGGCGGCUGUGGAGGCGGUGGCGGCGUCCGGGCCGGCGGGCGCCACGGCGGAGCGCGCUCUCCGGCGGCCUCGAGCUCCUCCGCGCCGGGAAGAGGGCGAGGCCGGGGUCCGCGGCACUAGGGCGGCACCGCGGAACCGCCCGCGCGCGCCCACGCGGUGGCCAUGGCGGGGCGGGCUCCGCCGGCGGCCCUCCCACCUCCCUCUCCCGGAUUCGGAGGUCCGCCGCGCCGGUGGCAGGGGCCCCUCCUCUCCACCUCGAGCGCGCAGGGCAGGGGCCCCUCUCCGGCGGCUUCGAGCUCCGCCGCCGGCCGCGCCCUGCCCCGCCGCCGGUCAUGCCCCGCCGUGGCCCCUCAACAUGCCCCGCCUUGCCCCGCCGUGGCCUCGGUGUCGUGGACGGGCGGCGGUGCGGACGGAGGGGCGGCAGACGCGCUCUCAGCGGGGUGCCGCCGUCGCGGGUCCGGGGGACGGGGGGCGCGGGGAGGGCGCGGCGAAUGGAUAG